UCGUGGAUUCCCCGGAACUCCUGGUCUUCCCGGAAUCAAAGGACACAGAGUGGGUGCUUCAUCAUGCUUCAUUUAUAAUCACAUCUCCAUCAGAAAGGAUAUUAUGAUGUUACACGUCCAACAUGAUUAGCAACAUAAUAGAUUAGCUAAUUAGUGUUCAUUAAAUCAGUCUAAUGGGGCUGAUGUAGGACUAAUCCGUCCUGAUGAAGUGACUCCCUGCUGUCUGUCUGUCUGUCUGUGUGUAGGGUCAUCCAGGUCUUGAUGGAGCUAAGGGAGAGGGUGGUGCUGCUGGAGCAAAGGUAAGACUUCGGCCAAGAUCUUCUAUUCAACAAAUCUUAAGAGUUUCUAUUUCUGUGUCUAUUUGUCUGACUAUCUGACUGUCUGAUUGGCUAACUGACUGACUGUCCCCUCUCUAUAGGGUGAGGGUGGUGCUCCCGGAGAGAACGGCGCCCCUGGACCAAUGGUAAGAGAGCGUUACACAUGUGUAUUACCUGAAUAUUAUGAGUAUAAAGCUUUUACUCUCCUCCUGUAACUUUUACUUGAAUGUGACCAAGCUGAGUUUUCAUCACUUGUCUCCUGUAGGGACCACGUGGUCUGCCUGGCGAGAGAGGCCGUCCCGGACCUUCUGGCUCUGCUGUGAGUAAUUACACAGACAUUUACCUUCAACACUCUCUGAUUAAACCAUACACUCCUGAACAAUACACAACCCCAGGUUAGUAAUACACCAAAGCUGAAUGAUAUGCCAUAUCGAUUCAACCGUUUAUGUCCCCAAUCCCAAUCAAUCCUAACCAGACCCAAUCAUAUUCUGUACACUCACCUACCAGACAAUCCCAGCCUAGUGUUUGGGACUUUCUCUUUGGUUAAUGUUGCCACCCGAUAAAGACCUUCUCAAUCUGGCUGUGUAGCAAAAUCAAUUACAGUCAAAAUUACAAUUAUGAUAAGCCUGCCUAACGGUCGUCUCGUAAAGCCAACCUUAGGUGUUUUAAACCGGAAUAUUGAAACAUUGUGGGAGGCAACCCGGAUGUCUAGAGAGACUAUCUCAAUGUUGUAAAUGAGUCCAUCCAUAAACACCCCACAGUACCUACCAUCAUCAUAAUGUCUCCCAUGUCUGCUCUCUCCUCAGGGUGCCCGUGGUAAUGAUGGCUUGCCUGGCCCUGCUGGUCCUCCUGUACGUAUGAGCUCCUCAUAUUGGUUCCUCACUGUUUCAAAGACAUAUAGCUUUUAUUAUUGUUGUACAAGAUACUGAAAUGCAGAAAUCAAUAAUACACUUCUCUUAUUACAGCACAAUCACAAUUGUGCAUAUUUUCUAAUAGAUUUGGACCGCCUUGACUGUUUCUCCCAGUCCAUGUUGUAUUUGUGGGAUAAUAACAAAACCAGGAAUUAGUGAGUUUGUGAACUCUGACAUUUGAACUGUGAUUCCUACAGGGGGCUGUUGGACCUGCUGGAGCACCCGGUUUCCCUGGAUCCCCUGGUUCCAAGGUUUGUACUAUUUACAAUUACAGUAUGUACAAUUUGGAAAUUCUUCAUUUCUUUCUCCCAUCCAUCAUGUCAGUCAUGAACCCAAUCGAAGCCUGUUGGUGUGAUAAAGGGUGUGUCUGUUGAAUUUCCACCAAUCAUGGAGGUCAGACACUUCAUUUCACUAGAUCACGAGUGAUAAACUCUGACGAGGUGAUCAAUAAUGAUAAGCUGCAAUGAGAUGAGAUUCUCACAGUCACGCUACCUCAAGGACACAGAAGAGUCACUUUGAACUGUCACAGUAUGUCGGUCUAUCACAUCUCUUGGAGACAAUGAGCACCAAUCCCCAUACCAUUUGACUUCAUCACCGAGUGCAGUUUGAAGAACAGUUACACAGAGAAGCAACGGCAGUCCUAAUUGUCCUGUGAAUCGCUUCCAUUCUACAGGGAGAAGCUGGCCCCACUGGUGCCCGUGGAGCUGAGGGCGCACAGGGACCCCGCGGAGAGGCUGGCACACCCGGAUCUCCCGGUCCCGCUGGCGCCUCUGUACGUAACAUCCAGGCUCUGUGUGAUACAGUCUGAAGUGUAUUAUCUCAUACUGACUAUCUCUCAUAAUUAAAUCGAUGCAUUGUUUUCGUCUCUUCACUUUGCUCCUCUGUUCCUUUAGGGCAACCCUGGUACUGAUGGUAUCCCUGGAGCUAAAGGAUCAGCUGUAAGUAUACUCUUACACUAUAUGGUUUAGAAAGUACCCUCUACACUCUUUCUAUACUCAGCAUGAAAUAACAGUGCUCUUGGACACCAUUAUCGGUCUACUACUCAGUCAGUAACACUCAGUUGUGUUCUGUAGGGCGCUUCUGGUAUUGCUGGUGCACCUGGUUUCCCAGGACCCCGUGGCCCCCCCGGACCUCAGGGAGCAACAGGACCUCUUGGGCCCAAGGGACAGUCGGUAGGUCCCCCAUGUUCACCCCAAAACCUGGACACCCUAAUAUUAUGUUGGUGGUGCUUAUUGGUUUUUCUUAGGGGGAAACCCAUGUGCUGGGAGUCAUUUCAUUCCUAUUUCAACUGUUCUGAGUGAUUUCUAGAAUGAUGACUUUGCUCCUGUGUUUGUUGUAGGGAGACCCUGGUAUUCCUGGUUUCAAAGGAGAGGCUGGACCCAAGGGAGAGCUUGUGAGUUCUGUUUUGAUGGGUCAUAUAAUAUCAUAACUACACAUGGACAUUUUCACUCAACUGAGUUGGACUUGGAAGUAUGUUUGGGAUUAAUCAGGCAUCUUCUUGAUCACCCCCUGUAGGGCCCUGCUGGUCCCCAAGGUGGCCCUGGCCCCGCUGGAGAGGAGGGCAAGAGAGGAGCAAGAGGAGAGCCCGGUGCUGCUGGACCACUUGGACCUCCUGGCGAGAGAGUAAGGAUCUGAACCAUCACAGAUCUGGCGACAGUUUGUUUUGUUUUUGUUCUGUGUCAUUAGGUCAUAUCAGUUCUUCCCAUAUCCUAUUCCUCAUCAUGGAAAUCUUCUCUCUGUCCUUGUUUCUAGGGAGCUCCCGGUAACCGUGGUUUCCCAGGUCAGGAUGGUCUUGCUGGUGCUAAGGUGGGUCUUACAAUGCUGAUUUAACACUUUUACAGUUCUCAAUGCCACAUCUCACCUGAUAGACAGGAAUGGACAAGAGUAGUUGCAAAAUCACUAUAACAACUAAUUCUACUAAAUUAGUCCCUAACUGUAAGAAGAUGUUCAUGUAGAACCCUGAGUAGUUAAAAAAUAAAAUAAAAGCUGUUAUAUUUACUACUGGUGCCAGCAAUACCUUUACUUUUUUACCAGCUAUAAUUAAUACAAUAGCUAAUCACAGUUAAUAAACAAUGUUGUUUAAAUGUGAGUGAUAAAAGCAAAUACUAAUCUCUCUCCUCUUCCUCCUCAGGGAGCCCCUGGUGACCGUGGUGUUCCCGGCGUGGGUGGGCCUAAGGGAGGCACUGGUGAUCCCGGCCGCACAGGAGAGCCUGGUCUUCCCGGAGCCAGAGUAAGUAGUAGUACCCCUGGUCUCCACCACCACCACCACCAGCAGCCAGAACAGUCAUUGACAAGAGCUGUGACUCAUCAUUGCUUUAAAUUGGUAUCUAUCUUCAUGUAUAAUGUUGACACUGUCAUUGUGUGUGAUGCUCACAGGGUCUCACUGGUCGCCCCGGAGAUGCUGGUCCUCAAGGCAAAGUUGGUCCUGGUGUAAGUAUGCCUCUUUUACCGUCUAGCACCGUCUAGUAUUCCACUCUUACCAAACAUUUACCAGACAAUUAACCAAGAUUUGGUGCAGUAAUACAGAGUUUUGCUUUCCAAACCCAUGAGAUGCACAAGAUCUCACUGGAGAUUCCAUGUACUAGAUCUCCAGUGAUGCUGACUUGCUCUUCUCUCCUCUGUGUGUGGUACUGUGUAGGGUGCUGCUGGUGAGGAUGGUCGCCCCGGCCCACCUGGUCCUCAGGGAGCACGUGGCCAGCCUGGUGUGAUGGGAUUCCCUGGACCAAAGGGAGCCAAUGUAAGUGUCACAGGGGUUUCCAAUAAAGUUUUGAUACCCAGAGGGACGAUUUGCCUCCGGCACUAGAUACAGACAGUAUCUGACAGACACAUACAGUACAGUAGCUGCAUGGAAAACGUCCCAAUUAAGUCCCCUUGCACAUGUCUUUGCUUCUUCUCUGUGACUGACCAGUGUGUAUUUUUCUCAACAGGGUGAGCCUGGCAAGGCAGGAGAGAAGGGUCUUGUGGGUCGUCAAGGUCUGAUAGUAAGUUGAUCAACUUUUCAGAUUAACUUGCUGUAACCCUUGGUCUUAGCAAAGUUGAGUUCACAUUUGUGCAAUUUUGGUAUUUUACCCCCAUAAUGUUUCAAGAAAUGACAAAGUGGAGGACCGGACAUCGAUCCAAGUCUUUCCUUUGAAGUGGUGGUUCAUGAUGAACUGAUACAUUUUUCUCUCUCUGAACAGGGUCUGGCUGGUAAAGAUGGUGAGACUGGCGUUGCUGGACCUCCCGGCCCUGCUGUAAGUGUUCACCCUCUUACAGACGUUGUAAAAGACAACACAGCAAUAUACAACUGCUUCUUAAGGAGUGAAACUGCACCUCAUAGUAAUAUCAUCUAUUUCUGUGGUGCACCUAUAACAAAAUAACUGUAGCCAUAGUAUUUGUAAUAGCUAGCAUCUCUCUUUGAGCACUUGAGGAUGCGAUGGCAUUCCCAAACUUCCACACAGCUCCACAGGGUGCGGUUGCUGUCUACCUGUGUUGAUCACCUGUGUUGAUUACCUGUGUUUGCCGAUUUGAUUACCUGUGUCAAUCACGUAAUCACCUGUGUUUGCUUUCAUCCUAGGGACCUGCUGGAGAGAGAGGAGAGCAGGGAGCUGCUGGACCAUCUGGCUUCCAGGUGAGUUCACCUUACUUUUCUGGAUUGGCUAGAACAUGAUGAUUCUAUUCAGAACAUCUUGAUGUCUAUUUUUGAUGAUGUCAUAGGAAGUCACUGAUUGUCCUGUGUUGUUGUGCAGGGUCUGCCUGGACCUGCUGGCCCCCCAGGAGAGGGAGGCAAGCCUGGUGAUGCGGUGAGUGUCCACUGUCACAGCAACACACCAGGCCUGUCCAGGUUCCUGAUUUAUUGAUCACAUUAGGAACAUCUAACCCUGCUACUCACAUCACAUUUGUCAUCACACACCUCAGGCCUGUAUCCUGAUCAAGUAAUUCUAGCAAACACAAGCACUUGCUGUAUUCUCAAGGUAUUAUUUAUCUACUGUAAAAGUAUGCAGCUACAAUGUCUCUAUCCUCUCUCUGUAGGGUGUUCCUGGAGAGGCUGGUGCUGCUGGUGCUACUGGACCUAGAGUGAGUUUUCAUUUCUACAAUAAGUCUGAUUUAGAUGUUUUUCUCACUUACUGUCAUAAUCAUGUAGUUAGCCACCACCAUCUGCUUGUCAAACCUUUAUGUCUGUAGUUCUUCCUGUUUCUGCCUCUCACUUCCUGUCUCUCUGUUCCCUGAUAGGGCGAGCGUGGUUUCCCUGGUGAGAGGGGCGGUGCUGGACCUCAUGGUCUGCAGGGACCUCGUGGACUUCCUGGAACUCCCGGAACCGAUGGACCCAAGGUUAGGAGCCACUCCCCUCAGCCAACCUUGUCUUCAAUAAGAGUUUACGUUGUUAUUGGAUACUGAGUCCUGAGCCCCUAUAGUCAGGCAAUCACAGUGCCACUACUGAAGAGAGAAACAUCAGAAACAGUGUGAUCGGCCAUCUUCUAACUCCAUGUUCCUCCUCUCUGACAGGGAGCCAUUGGGCCAGCUGGUGGUGCUGGAGCUCAGGGACCCCCCGGCCUGCAGGGUAUGCCAGGAGAGAGAGGAGCUGGUGGUAUCCUCGGAGCCAAAGGUGACAGAGUGAGUAACAACCCUCAAAAAUAUCUAAUCAUUGUUGUAGAAAACUAGACGGUGGAUUGCAAGGUUAUAUCAUGAUGUCUGAUAGAUACAUACUAAGAUGUCAUGGUUUUCUGUGUCUUACAGGGUGACAACGGUGAGAAAGGACCUGAGGGCGCUCCUGGAAAGGAUGGUUCUAGAGUGAGUACUGAGCAGAAAUAGAGAAAAUAGCCACACUCUCCUGUGGCAACUCUGAUCCAAUGACCCAAUGGAAAUACAAUGAUCCAAUGACCAAGUGUGGUUGAUAAUAACUCCAUCUUUCUUCUCUCCUCCCACUUAGGGUUUGACUGGUCCCAUUGGUCCUCCUGGCCCAGCUGGUCCCAACGGCGUAAAGGUAGGAAUUACCAUACUGAUCAAAUAACCUGUUAUUAUGUCUAUGGUCUAAUAUUCAUUUAACAGAUGGUUGUAAUGUAGUAAUGCUGGUAAAUGUGUGUACAGUACGGGUUUGUCACUCUCCUCUCUCCUUCCCUCUCAGGGUGAGGGUGGACCUUCUGGCCCAACUGGUGCUGCUGGUGCUCGUGGUGCUCCUGUAAGUUGGGUCUCUCCGCCUCUGGUGUCAUAUCGUCCGUUUUUUUGAUUUGUAUUAAAAUCAGCCACGUUGUCAACCUGCUCAGGUUUGAAAUGUUCAAAGUGCUAACUCACUUCCCUCCAGUACAGAGAGCAGGAAGAAGCUAGAGAGGAACCAGACCCUGUCGUGAAACAAUGUAGAGCUCUACCGAUCAAAAUAUUAGAUCACUUAGUCAAAGUCACCAGACAUUUUGAUGUCAAGAUAUUGUUCAUAUUGAUUCCAAGACCACUCACUAUCCAAGUUGCCCGGCCUACACAGUUAUAGUAAAAGGAAAUUCCAAGUACACUAAAUUCCUAAGAAUAUAUUUCAUUCUAAAAGGUUUGACCUCUGAUGAGUACAGCCUCCUCCACAUUCAAUCACUGCACCUGCAACAUGACGGACAGGGCCACAUACAUCUACAGUUAGAAAAUCUUUCUCUGUGGUACCUGUUUUGAGUCCGUCUCUCUCUUCCUGUAGGGUGACCGUGGUGAGGGUGGUCCUCCCGGGCCUGCUGGCUUCGCUGGGCCUCCUGUGAGUAGAACCACAGCAAUCACAUCAGUUUCAAUGAAAACAUUAAUAUAAUCCAUAUAAAAUGUUGAAUCUUUAUUGACCUGUAUCUUCCAUCCACCAACCUCCAGGGUGCAGAUGGUCAGCCUGGAGCCAAGGGAGAGUUGGGCGAGGCUGGACAGAAGGGAGAUGGUGGUGCCCCUGGACCUCAGGGACCCUCUGGGGCCCCUGGACCUGUGGUAGGUACCCCUCGAAAUGCACUUUGAGAUACCAAAUACCUGUAUGUCCCAGAGACAGAUGUCUUAUGGCCCAAUACAUUGCCAUUCGUAGUAUAAGAAAUUGAGAGUAUUUGAGAACAAAAUUGAUGCACUUCUUAUUUCAUUGUUCUCGUUUCUUUGUCUAAUUGUGUUUAUCACUGCUUUUUAUUCCAGGGACCCACUGGUGUUUUUGGACCUAAAGGAGCUCGUGGUGCCCAGGGUGCCGCUGUAAGUCAACAGUUCCAAUGAUAAGAGAUUAUUACCCAAUAGUAAGUGAAAAUAUAAAAUGCUAUGUUCUGUAAUUGCUUUCAUUGAAAUAUUGUCUUGUCCCUUUCUUGUUGGUAGGGUGCUACUGGUUUCCCUGGUGCUGCUGGAAGAGUUGGAUCUCCCGGUCCCAACGUGAGUAUCACAUCAUCACAAGUAUCCAUAGACAAUAUAAAGUUACCUUUUCAUUCAGAUUACCUGUGUAUAGCUGUGUGAUUGAAAAAUGCUGCAUCUCUCUGUUCCCUCUCUCAGGGUAACCCUGGUGCUGCUGGCCCCGCUGGUCCUGCUGGUAAAGACGGUCCUAAGGGAGUUCGCGGUGAUGCUGGCACCCCAGGAAGACAGGGAGACGCUGGGCUGCGUGGAGCUGCUGGAGCCCCUGGGGAGAAGGGAGAUGCUGGAGAGGAUGGUCCCCUUGUGAGUCUUACCCAUCCACUCUUAAAUUAGCUAAAUUAUAUCUCACAGAGAAAAUGCCACCCAGCCUCUUAAAGUAACUGUCCGGUUCUAGAUUUCUAUGAAAUAUGACCUUUAAUUAAUUACAAUGAGUGAAAUGCUUAAUAAAAAAUGUUUGGAAGGAAAAGUAUGAAAAAAAGCAGCUUUUCUUGGAAUGGUGUGGGCGUGCCCAACAACAGAAUGGUGUGGGCGUGCCCCAACAACAGAAUGGUGUGGGCGUAUACCAGUCAUAAAAGAUAUUAAUGCGAGUAGACCGCUGAUUGGCCAGCUCAGCCAAAGAGGCAUUCUCUAUGAGGAAAUAGCAAGCAUUUUUUAAAUGGUCUGUUUAAGAUACAAGUUUGAGGUGGGAUUUUAAGUGUUUUUUCUCCAAUUUAUGCUUUGGCCACAAAUACGAGUAUAAGACGAGUCAACGACAUUAUUUGGGUAUGAGUUAACCGAAUAUCAACUUUUAAAAGUGAGAUUUUCACUGGACAGUUACUUUCAGCUUAAUGGAUGUACCUUGUAGGCCUAGUAACACCAACUCAGCCACCUUGAUUGUCUAUCACUUCAUUUCAAAUGUGCCUGACUUUCUAGAACUGGAGUUAUGAACUGAAUGAGCUAAACCUGGAGUUAUGAACUCAUUGAGCUAGAGCUGGAGUUGUGAAGUCAAUGUAGUAAACUUUUACCUAUUGUCUCCUCCAUCUCUAGGGUCUUGAUGGUCCUCCAGGUCCCAAUGGUUUGGCUGGGUCUCGUGGUAUUGUUGGUCUGCCUGGGCAGCGUGGAGAGAGGGGCUUCCCUGGCCUUCCUGGACCUUCUGUGAGUAUCUCACCCCUGAUAGUACUAUGAUUAGUGAGUAAAAAUUGUCACAGUAUUUUCAGGUGAGUGUUAUGGAACCAUUGCCCUUACUGGUCCACUUGUAAGUUGAGCUCUCUUUAUAAGCUAAAAUACCUAUUAAUAUUAAUGAAAAUUGGCCUGAGAACCUUUUAGGUCCAGGCUCAUAUAACUCCCACUAGUCCUGCACCAUUGAUCGGUAACUACGCAACAUAUUUACUCUAAUAUCAUAUCUGGGAUGCCUGUAGUGAUUGCCUGUGUAAUAUCAUGGAGUCCUGAUAUCCACAUACAUUCAUAAUGACAGAUCUAUAUCCAGACUUCUUUCUCCUUAAAUCUGUCACAAAGAAGUCGAUCACUCAGUGACCAAUUGGCUGUAACUGAGAUGCAUUCAGAACUAAAUGUCCAUCAUACUACUUCCUACUGUUUUUUUGUGUGUUUUUCUUACCACAUAGGGGCUUUUAGACAGUUGCUGAUGUCCUACUUAGCAUGCAAAUUAAUAAUGAAGUCCAUGAGUCCAUUGACUAGUCAGUCAAAUAUUACAUUGUUGCAGUUAUAGACAUGAGAUAUAAUUGGACUGUGGUGACGUCUGACACUUACUCCUUGAUGUUGAGUCUGAUGUCCAUGUUCUGUGUGUCCCAGGGAGAGCCCGGUAAGCAGGGAGCUUCUGGUGCUAGUGGUGACCGUGGACCCCCUGGCCCUGUGGGACCCCCUGGACUGUCUGGACCUGCAGGAGAGCCCGGAAGAGAGGUCAGAACUAAACCACAACAGCACAGACCACAACAACAACAUAAACCACAACAUAAAUAAACCACAACAACAAAUAUAGGCCAUUGUAGUUGCAUGCAGCAAUUACAGAGGUAUAGGCCAUAGCGACGCUAUCUUCAUGACUGGAAGCAAUACAUUUCAAUUAAUGAUUAAAUCUCUGUCUCUACCUUACAGGGCAACGCUGGAUCUGAUGGACCCCCUGGCAGAGAUGGAUCCACUGGAGUCAAGGUGAGAUGCCUGCAUUAUACACCAAUCAAACCAAUCAGUCCAAACCAAUCAAUCCAAUUGAUGGAUAAGAUAUCAAAUGCUCUUGGAUGUCCUUAUAUCCUAUGAUCUUCUCUCCACCUGUAGGGUGAGCGUGGUAACACUGGUCCUGCUGGUGCUCCUGGUGCCCCUGGCGCUCCCGGUGCCCCCGGCCCUGUCGGCCCCCUGGGCAAGCAGGGAGACAGAGGAGAGGGAGUGAGUACCCAUACAAAACUACACACAAUAUGAAUGAGAUAAAUGAUGGUGUUUUGUAUUUCAUACUAGUUUGGUUGUUGUUAGCCUGUCUAAUGGAAGAACCUCACUCUUGUUUUUAGGGUGCUCAAGGACCUGCUGGACCCGCUGGACCAGCUGGCGCUAGAGGAAUGGCUGUGAGUGUCAACAUCCCUCAUUUUGAAACACACCAUUCUCUAAUAAACUAUUCCUACUGUAGCUGCACCUGCAUUUGCACACAAUGUUUCUGCUGAGUUGAUUGACACUCUCUGCCUCUACAUCAGGGACCCCAAGGACCCCGUGGAGACAAGGGAGAGGCUGGUGAGACAGGAGAGAGGGGACAGAAGGGACACCGUGGCUUCACCGGUCUGCAGGGUCUUCCCGGACCUCCCGUAAGUCACCCAAGUCCUCUGGCCACACUGCACCUUUAGUCAUUAUACUUCUCCAUCUUCAUAGAACUGUAUUCAUGACACUUCUGCAUGUGGAAUAAGUUCUGUUCCCUGACUUCCAGUUGUCUUUGUCUAAACUAACAGGGCUCCGCUGGAGACCAGGGAGCUGCUGGACCUGCCGGACCUAGUGGGGCUAAAGUGAGUUUAGACGAGAGAAGAGAAGGACAGAACACUUCUCUAAUCCCUCCAGACUAUGAUAAGACAAAUGGACUACUCCUAUACACUGGUUAUCCCUUGCUAUGAUAAUGAGGGGCAAAGGCUAGUCUUUUUAGAAUCCUCCAACACCAUGAUAAGGUAGAGGAUGGGAAUGGACACUGUGUUUUAAUUAGUCUGUCCUGUGAUAACAGGGAAGGCUAAUGCUUUUGUGAUUACCACGUUGUGGUAGAGAGGAAGACAGACAGGAGAGGCUACCACUUAAAAAAUAACCCAUAAAGAUUAAUUACAUGAUAAAGAGGAGGGAAAGGAUGUGAAUAAUUAUCACCCAUAGAGAGAUACACUAUAUAUACAAAAGUAUGUGGACACCCCUUCAAAUUAGUCGAUUCGGCUAUUUCAGCCACACCCGUUGCUGACAGGUGUAUAAAAUCGAGCACACAGCCAUGCAAUCUCCAUAGACAAGCAUUGGCAAUAGAAUGGCCUUAUUGAAGAGCUCAGUGACUUUCAACGUGGUACCGUCAUAGGAUGCCACCUUUCCAACAAGUCAGUUCGUCAAAUUUCUGCCCUGGUCAACUGUAAGUGCUGUUAUUGUGAAGUGGAAGCAUCUAGGAGCAACAACGGCUCAGCCGCGAAGUGGUAGGCCACACAAGCUCACAGAAUGGGACCGCUGAAGCGCGUAAUGCGUAAAAAUCGUCUGUCCUCGGUUGCAACACUCACUACCGAGUUCCAAACUGCCUCUGGAAGCAACGUCAGCACAAUAACUGUUCGUCAAGAGCUUAAUGAAAUGGAUUUCUAUGGCCGAGCAGCCUUUCCUGUUUCAGCAUGACAAUGCCCCCGUGCAUAAAGCGAGGUCCAUACAGAAAUGUUUUGUCAAGAUCGGUGUGGAAGAACUUGACUGGCCUGCACAGAGCCCUGACCUCAACCCCAUCGAACACCUUUGGGAUGAAUUGGAACGCCGACUGCGAACCAGGCCUAAUCGCCCAACAUCAGUGUCUGACCUCACUAAUGCUCUUGUGGCUGAAUGGAAGCAAGUCCCCGCAGCAAUAGUCCAACAUCUAGUGGAAAGCCUUCCCAGAAGAGUGGAGGCUAGUAUAGCAGCAAAGGGGGGACCAACUCCAUAUUAAUGCCCAUGAUUUUGGAAUGAGAUGUUCGACAAGCAGGUGUCCACAUACUUUUGGUAAUGUAGUAUAGCUGCUAUAUUUGUAAUGUCCGAUAAGCAGGUUGUUUUUUUAUUUAAAGAGUGUACACUCACUCAUAGUCAAGAAUAACUGUUGGACAAUUGAACAUGAACAAUGUUACAUCCGGUAAAAGUUUCAAACUAACUGUGACUCCAGCCACUCUACAAAGACACUCCCAUUCAUACAUGCUAUGCUAGCAUCCAUGUGUUUGAGCCGUGACUAACCCCAUCUCCUCAGGGACCACCUGGCCCAGUCGGUCCCGCUGGUAAGGAUGGAUCGAACGGUACCCCUGGACCCCUCGGACCCCCUGGACCUCGUGGUCGUUCUGGAGAGGCUGGUCCUGCUGUGAGUAACCCUUGUCAUAACAUAUAGCAGCAAAUAUGUUAAAGUCUUCAUGUUGUCCCACCUUGUAACAAUCGUCUCCUCUUCUCCUUCAGGGUCCUCCUGGUAACCCCGGACCCCCUGGUCCUCCUGGUCCUCCUGGCCCUGGCAUCGACAUGUCUGCCUUUGCUGGCCUGUCUCAGCCUGAGAAGUCUCCGGAUCCCCUGAGGUACAUGAGGGCUGAUGAGGCGUCCAGCUCCCUGAGGCAGCACGACGUGGAGGUCGACUCCACACUCAAGUCCCUCAACUACCAAAUCGAGAACCUGCGCAGCCCCGACGGUAGCCAGAAGAACCCUGCCCGCACCUGCAGAGACCUCAAACUGUCCAACCCCGAGUGGAAGAGCGGUGAGUGGGGGAAUGGUUAGAGGAGAGGGAGAAGAGAGAGUGAAUGGAAAGGAAAGAACAUGUGUAUAACAUGAUCAGUCCAAACCAUGGUAGGGUUUGAACCAUUUGUCCUCUGCCCCUCUCGUUCUCCAGGCAACUACUGGGUGGAUCCUAACAUUGGCAGCACAGCUGACGCCAUCAAGGUCUUCUGCAACAUGGAGACUGGCGAGACCUGUGUGUACCCCAGCAUAGCCAACGUACCACACAAGAACUGGUGGACAAGCAAGAGCAAGGACCGCAAACACAUCUGGUUCGGAGAGACCAUGAAUGGAGGAUUCCACGUGAGUCUCUUCUUCACAUGAAUAAUCAUUUCACUGGCACGUUUGAGUGAAAUAUGGCUACUCCUUGAAUAGGAGAACUUCCUUUCCAGGGUUACCCUGAUCAUCAAGUAAAGCACUUCCUCUCAGUGUUUCCUUUUAUGAAUUACAGACUGAACAUAUAUUUCAGCCUUCCAGACAAGUUAUAGACAUCACAUAAAAUAAUACCAUCCAUAAACCUGUGUGUGACCUCCAUGUUUGUUACUGCCCCCUUCCUCACCACGUGUCGCAUUUAACCCUAAGCUCUUCGGCUCCCUCUACAGUUCAACUACGCUGAGGACGGUACCAACGCCGCCAGUAUCCAGCUGACCUUCUUGAGGCUGCUGUCCACGGAAGCAUCUCAGAACCUCACCUACCACUGCAAGGACAGCGUGGCUUACAUGGACGCAUCCACCGGCAACCUGAAGAAGGCUCUGCUGCUCCAGGGCUCCAACGACGUGGAGAUCAGAGCCGAGGGCAACAGCCGCUUCACCUACAGCGUUGUGGAGGACGGCUGCAAGGUGAGAGGGAUAGGCACUGUAAAGUAGGGACAGGGAGAAUAUGGACAUAGUAGGACCUAUUGGGGAAGGCACACUACAGUUACACAGUCUAAAAACAGUGUUUUUUCUGUCAUUGUAGCCUAUGGGAAUGUACAGUGUUUCAACACAUCUUUGUUGUCGUCCCACAGAAACACACAGGCCAGUGGGGCAAGACUGUUUUCGAGUACAAAACACAGAAGACCUCCCGUCUGCCCAUCGUGGACAUUGCUCCCCUGGACAUCGGAGGAGUGGACCAGGAGUUUGGUGUGGACGUGGGCGCAGUCUGCUUCUUGUAA